AGGUUAGGUUGGGAAUUUCUCAAAACAAUAAGCACGUGGGUGACAAAUAUCAAAAAUAUUAAAAGAGUAAUAAACUAAAUACAGAUUUGGCUAAUCACCAAAUUAUUGAUAUUAUUGAAAAAAUUGUCAUGAUAAAAUCGGUAAUAUAUUUUUAGUCUAUUUAAAUUAGACUUAUAUAUUUGAAUAAAUCAUCGACACUAAACGCAAUUUAUUAAAAAAAAAAAAUUUAAUUAAAAAAGAAAUCAACCUACAUAAUGAAAUCCAUACCAAGGACUCGCGAAGAUGAAUCGGAUAAUGAUUCAAGUGGAGAAAGUGAUUUGGAUGCUGAAGAACAUAUGAAAUCUUUGAUGAAAUUAAAAGACACUGAUCCAGAAUUUUAUUCAUUUUUAAAACAAAACGAUACAAAACUUCUUGAUUUUAAUGUAUCCGAUGAUGAUAAUAAUAAUGAUGAUGGAAAUUCAUCCGAUGACGAAGAUAAUUCAAGACAUGUUCCACAAUCCAAAUUGGAAAUUGCCAGUGAUGAAAGUGAUUAUGAAAAUGAAGACGAUGAAAAUUCUUCUGGUAGUCGAAUUAAAGUUACAUUAAAAUUAAUCACAACAUGGCAGGAAGCACUAAAAAAUGACAAAUCUGCCAAAACGAUAAAAACUGUAGUUGCAGUUUUUCACGCAGCUACUGAAACACUUUCGGGAAAAGCAGAAGAUGAAAAUAAUGAAGAACCUUCGAGAUACAAAGUUGAUGGAAGUGCAGUAUUCAAUGGAGUUGUACAAAUGUGUAUAAUGCAUUUACCUGAUGCAUUGAAAUCAUUUUUGGGCCUUGGAACACAAACGCGAUUUGAAGCUCAUAAAGCAAAAAAGUUUGGCAAAGUUAAAGGAACACUAAAGUCUUAUCUGACAGACUUGUUAAAGCUUUUACGAUGUGUAUCGUCAUCGAACAUUAUCACAGUACUUUUGAAACAUCUUCAUCAAAUGUUGCCUUACACUCAAUGUUAUUCUUCACUUCGUAAGCCACUUUUAAAAAUUUUACUCAAAUUCUGGUCAUCUGGAGAAGAAACAGUUCGAGUAGUUGCUUUUCUUUGUAUUAUACAAAUGGCAACUAGUCAAAAGGAAUCAAUUCUCGAAAUUCUCGUUAAGACAAUGUACAUUAAAUAUGUUCAAAAUGCAAAUUUUGUUUCUCCGUCACUUUUACCUGGAAUUAAUUUCAUGAGACAUUCAUUGGCAGAAAUUUAUUUACUCGAUUGUAAUUUCUCCUACAAUCAUGCUUUUCUAUUUGUUCGUCAAUUGGCAAUUAAUUUGCGUAAUGCUGUGACUUUAAAGAAAAAGGAAAACUUCCAAGCCGUUUACAAUUGGCAAUUUAUAAAUUCAUUGAAAUUUUGGACAGAACUUAUUCCACUUUCCAAACCGCAAUCUAUGAUGAGGCAACUUCUCUAUCCUCUUGUACAAAUUAUUAUUGGGACAAUAAAAAUGAUUCCAACUUCUCAAUAUUAUCCAUUGCGAUUUCAUUGUUUAAGAAUGCUUAUUAGUAUUGCAAAAGAGUCGGGAACUUUUAUACCUGUUUUGCCGUUUUUGACAGAGAUAUUGAAUAAUUAUACUUUCAAUAAAAAACACAAAGUGGCAGCAAUGAAACCAAUGUCUUUAAUUUGCUUGCUGAGAGUUUCAAAAAGUCAACAACAGGAAAAUACUUUUAAAGACAGUAUUCUGGAAACAAUUUACGAACUCAUAUUAGAAAAUGCUGCCAAUGAAAGUCAUAAAGUUUACUUUCCAGAUUCUUACAUUCCUUGUGUCAUCGAGUUGAAGGCGUUUUUAAAGAAAAGUAACGUCGCAAAUUAUUCGCGAAAAAUAAAGCAAUUGUUGGAUAAAAUUGAAGAAAAUCGAAAAUUCAUUGAAAAGGAACGCAGUAAAUUGACAUUUGACUUAAAGAAUGUCAAAGAGAUUCAAAAUUGGGAGAUAAGAUUGAAAAAUGAAGGGACACCAUUGGCCAAAUUUUACACUUCGUGGUAUAAAAUUUAUGAAACACAAAAAUUGAAACUUCUUACACAAAAUGAUGAAAUUGCCGAUAAUAAAUUACCCAGCAUUAAAAAAGGUAAAGGAAAGAAAAGAAUUGCAAAUAAUGAUGAUGAAGAUAAUAGUGAUCUUGAUAUGCCUGUUGAAGAAUAUGAAAGGAGAGAGCAAAAGAAGAAGAUGAAGAUGAAGGAGAAAAAAGCAAUGAAAUUAAAGAAGGCAAAGUAUGUUAAUGAAAAUGAUGAACUUCCAAAGGAUAAUACGGAUAUUGUUAGAGAUUUGAAAAUAGACGAUUGGGAUUAAGAAAGAAAAAAAAAGGAAAUUGAAUAAAAGUGAUAUUCAAAAAAAAAUUGAAAUGUAUUUAAAUCAAAAAAAUCCAUUCUUUUUACAGAGAUUAAUAAAAUCAUUGAUAGAGUGAAAAUUAGA